UUCAGUGCAAAUUUUGUUAGCGCCGCCGAACGCGCUCCACGAAUUCAUUCUACCGUAAUUAGUGGUGAACGCAGUAAAAGCUCGACGCAAGUUCGUUCAUCGCCACGUUAAAGGACUAAAACAUCAUUUGAAUCACCGUGUCCGGAUAAACUCGUUUUGGUGGUGCACGUUGACGCUUUUCGGCCUAGUUAGCUUAGCUUAGCUUAGCUCAGCUUAGCUCGCUAACAAAGAGACGCGUUUGCGAGCAGCACAUCGCCAAUUCGAGACCGAAGUGUGAACAUGUUUGCAAAGCACGUGGAGGAGCUUCCCGCAACCAAAGUGGAGGACGAGCGACAAAGUCGACUUCGGGACGCCGUUUGCAAGCAACCUCGCGUUGUGUUGCACAGAGCAGACGUCAGUGAAAACCUUCAUCCAGAGCAGCAGGCUGAGUCCCCUCACAUUAAAGAGGAAGUGGCGGACGAAGAGGUUUACCACAUUAAAGAGGAGGAGGAGGGUGAAGAAGUUCAUCACAUCAAAGAGGAAGAGAGAGGGUUCCUGCACAUUAAAGAAGAAGAGCACGAGGAAAUCAUCAAGGUUCCAUUGACUGGUGUUCCUUUAAAGAGUGAAGAUGAAGGUCAAAGUGACGAAUGCAGAGGUGCGGCGCCUCCAUGCAGCAGCUCAAGUCAACACAUGACAAGAGAAGGGGAUGAAGACCACUGUGGAGGAUCACAGGCAGACGGCCUCUUAGCGCCACUAUCAGACAGUGACGACAUGACGUCACACUUUCCUCACACUGAUGAGGAAGAGUCUGAAGGUGAUAUGACAUGUCACACUGACAACAAACGAUGGAAAUGCGCUCAGUGUGGGAAGACUUUUCCUUAUAAGAGCAGUUUGAAACGACACAUGAGAACACACACGGGAGAGAAACCUUAUGCCUGCUCUGUUUGCGAUCAAAGAUUCUCUCUUAAGGGAAACUUAAAAAUACACACAAGAACCCACACGGGAGAGAAACCAUUCGCCUGCUCAGUGUGCGGUCAAAGAUUCUCUGAGAAGGGAAGCUUAAAAACGCACACAAGAACCCACACUGGAGAGAAACCAUUUGUCUGCUCAGUUUGUGGUCAACGAUUUUCUAGGAAUAGAAUCUUAAAACGUCACACAAGAACACACACCGGAGAGAAACCCUUUACCUGCUCGGUUUGUGAGCAAAGAUUCUCUGAUAAGGGAAGCUUAAAAACACACACAAGAACACACACAGGAGAGAAACCAUUUGCCUGCUCAGUUUGUGGUCAAAGAUUCUCUCAGAAGGGAACCUUAAAACGUCACACGCGAACCCACACUGGAGAGAAACCGUUUUCCUGCUCAGUUUGUGAUCAAAAAUUCUCCGUAAAGGGAAGCUUAAAAACGCACACAAGAACCCACACUGGAGAGAAACCAUUUGUCUGCUCAGUUUGUGGUCAAAGAUUCUCUGAGAAGGGAAGCUUAAAGCGUCACACAAGAACCCAUACUGGAGAGAAACUAUUUCCUGCUCAGUUUGUGAUCAAAGAGUCUCUUAACUUAUCAGAGACUCUUUAACCACAAACUGAGCAGGCAAAUGUGGGUUCUUGUGUUUUGUCAAGUGAAAACUUAACAUCACACAAGAACCGACACUGGAGCGAAAUAAUUUGUCAGCUCUGUUUGUCAUGAAAGAUUCUAGGGCUGUGAAAUUGAAUGAAAUUGGCCAAGUCGACCACAAAAACUUCUGCCUCAAGGCAAUACAAAGUUUAACAGCAUAUUUGCUUGGCCCGGAACUAUUUGGCCACUGUCCAUGUUUACCACACGGUCUUUUGUUGAGAUGGACGCACUGUUGGACCAGUAAAAAACUGAAACGACAGAGCUAGGCUAUUUUUGUUGUCUCAAGUUGAAACCAUACACACAGUACCAACAUAUGCAACGUAAGGAUAGAAGUUCAUCUCCCAUAUGUGAGAAUAAAAUGGCGAUUCCUCGAGGACUCAAGGAAAUAUCUGUAUGGAUAAUCCAUUUUUAAUAGAUUUGAUAGUGACAGGCUUAAAAGAUUCACUUAGAGGGGACACACAAUUCAACACACUAGGGAGAAACCUCUGUUCAGUUUGUGGGCAAAUAUUCUCUCAUAAGGAUCGGAUUAUUGCCUGAAUCAGACAACAAGACAAAUCCGCUCUUUCAUGAUUGUCAUGAGCAAUGGGGGGGAAACGUGUGGUGGUUGUCACCGGUGCUCGGGGGAGGACGUUCAUUCGAGGAUUACUUGAGUUAUGUUCGCAUACUUUGAAUAGGAUCCGGCUCGCGAGCAGGCACCAAAACGCGACGUAGCCUAGCAAGCUGCAGGGGACGGGCAAACUAAUAGGAGGUUUGUAAAGACUGGACGGUGCGUCGGCGGAGCGACCGGCUGCAUGGACGAGGCAAGCUGGAAGACGAGGACGCUGCAUCAUAGUUCACGCUCUAGCUAUCGUCUGUUAUUGUCUGUGUGUAUUUUGCCGUUACAUUAACUGUCUUAGCUAUUGUCUUACAGUUCAGUAAUUGCAGCCGAUUGGCGGGCAAGGGGUUUGUUCGCGAGGGAAGUGUUAAAUGUCGGCCUGUGUAUUUCUGCUUCCAGCCUAGAAGUUGGUGUUGACUUCAAGUGUUCGAUGAAGUUAGAGGAAUUCUCAGUGUCUGACUCCGGACCAGACCGGGUCUAAGCAGGUGGCAGCGUCAUAACAAACCUGCCCGGUGGGUUCUAGUUUACCUAACAUGAGGUUUAUUGCAAGAAUAAAAACAUUGUUGCAAUGUGUAUGUAUAUUAAUUAGUAAAAAAAAAAAAAAAAAAGAAAAAAAGCAAAAAUAGCACUCCAGAAUAUUGUACUUCAUAAAUUGUAUAUU